UAGGAGCGGUUCAUUUAGAUGCACCACCUCCACCAUUUCUACCACUCGAUAGGAGGUGGGUAGAUAGGCGAGGUCGCCCGUGAGGUCGAGGCUCGACAUCAUGUCCCUUAUUACAGGGAUCUGUUGGAUUUACUUGAAGAAGCUAAGUUCAUAUUGAGGCCAUACAACGACGAGCUCAUCCCUGGAUUGCCAUAUUAUUGCUCCCACCGUCGAGCUAUGUGGAUGUCUUCAGUCCCACUUAUAUGUCUCGAUAUAGUCAAGUAGCAUGCCACCGAGCGAGUCCUUCGACAGUUUGGUCGACGCCACCUUAUACCUAUUCCGUCCAGUUGACGUUCCACACAUUACGAGCAGGAUGAUCGCACCAUGGUCUACUAGACAUACUUGGCCUAGCUAGAGGCCCAGAUAUGGAUUGGCAUCAAAGAUAUGGCUUAAUUCCGCCAUACCCUCCACAUAAGCGUGUUGACGGGGAGCAUGAGUACAUGGUUUGGUAUCGCCGUGUUACUUGCUUUCUGAUCGGGAAUCUUGUUCAUCGCAAUGGUGGUCUGUACGUUCCAUACGUCGGGAGGCAUGAGGCACUGGUUAUUGGCUUACACCGUUUCUACCAGUUGGUACUGGAGAUGCUACAGCUUGUAGGCGACGGAGCGGCAGUUGUGCACGGGUUUGGUCGUCGGGUUGUUGAUCUUGCUGCUUACACAUUGAGAGCUGCCCGAGAGGAUACACGGUUAGGUUACGAGGCUGCGUAUGUGCCACAUGAGGAGUACCAUCAUGGGCCACAUGUGGCCCUAGCACGUGAUAGGCGUGGCCUGAGAGGAAGGGGUAGCCCACGUGGUCGUGGUGGUCAGUGAGGACGGGGUCCCCAGCAAAAAGGAAUUGAUGCACCCAUGGAGGAUAUUGGAGAUAAUCAGUCGGGUGACUACCCUGAGCCACACGAUGCUCGUCAUGAUAUGCCAUCAUUCAGCCUUUAGUUAUCACUAGGGACUUCACAAUUGACCCCGUCAACUCCAGUUUUGAUCGCGGGCACCGUCAUUACGGAGUAUGAUUGGGAUCAGUAUUUUCCUGGUCGUCCAGAGCCAUCAAGGGUUGCAGAGUUAUGGCUCUUCAUCGAGGGCUACUGAGGAUCUUUCAGGAACAUAUAGGGAGACAUCACAUCAGGUCGAGACGUCACAUCCUUCAUCUACUACAGUGCACCUCGGAGUUCCCACAAAGCAUUGUGUACCUACUCAGGCUCAUCACCCAUCACAAAGGCCACAUUGUGCGAUACUCGCUUGCCGGAGACGGAUAAUCUUAUUCAGGAGCCCGCUGACACUGUGGUUACUGAUGGCCCAACGACCGCUUCUACUGAGCCUGCUAGCCUUCCUGAUGAUCAUGCUGCAUCGCAUCAUCAGAAAAAGAGGCGAUACGAUGAGGAUGAUCCCGAUAGCGUAGUCGGGUGGGAUGGUAUGCGCCUCAGGCCAGCCAAUUCUUUAAAGCAUAUAGGCUAU